CACCUCAUCCGCUGGGACGGAAGUCGAAGGAUCGGCCACCCUCCUUUUCGGAACUCCGUGCCCUAGCGGGCCCCGAACGACCAGAAAGCGGAACGGAACGCCCGAACCCAAUAAAGUCUGACUCAGUCCAGCGGCGCCCCAAGCCUCCCAGAGUGCGCUCUCCAACCUCUUCCCAGGCCGGCGCCCUUCGCCCCGGGGGGCCAUGAAGCGGGCAAGCACUCUGCGUCUGCUCUCGGACCUGAGCGACUUCACUAACGCUAGCCUGCUCCGCAAAGUGCUGGCGGAGGAGUCUCUCGUCCGGGUCCGCUCAACCCCGGACGGCCGCCACCUGCUGCUUCUGCGCCCUCCGGGCUCUCCAGCCCCACUGCUUCUGGUGUCCAGAAAGGGGGCAGGGCUGGGGCUGGAACCCUCCUGUCUGGCUGGCCAAGGCCCAGUGCUAGAUGCCUUCUUUCUCCAGUGCCCAGGAUGGGCCAGCGGCCCACGUCCUGUGCUUGCCUUGGUGUGGGCCAGCGGGCGAGCUGAGGUAUGGGGCACUGGAGUGCACCCAGGAUGGCAGCUGCUGCAGCAGGCCGAAUUGUGUGUGAGUAGCAAGGCCAAAGUGGUAGCAAUAGCGGCUCUGGGAAACCGGCUAGUGUGGUGUGAGGAGCGGCCAGCCAGCACUGAAGUAGCGGAAGGAUCAGUGCAAGCUGCCUUCAGUCACUGUGUGUGCACUCGGGCCCUGGAGCCCCACGGGGAGACCAGUGCAAUUCUGGGUGCCCCCAAGACCCUGCUGCACCACUGCCCUCAUUUCCAGCUGCUGGCCUCCCGUUCUGACUUCUUCAUGGUGCCUACAGCUAACACUUGGCCCAGUGUAGCCCACAUCUUGCUGAUCUGGUACCCAGGUAAGGGCAGGGUAACUGUAGCUGUCCCUGCUCACAACCUUACUCAUAGCAGGAACUUGAGCCCUAAAGACAGGGACUCCUGGGAUUUCAGAUCCCUCCUUCAGAGGGUACCAGGACUGCUCUCUGGUGGGGAGCCCCUAGACAUCCACACCUGUGCAGCUGCCCAAGGGAGCCUGCUGUUGCUGAGCCCAAAGGGGGCUGUGAGUCUCAUCCGGAGGGAUGGAGGAGCUAGAGCAGUGGGCUUCCUGGGGUAUGGACUGCUUAGCCAGGGAGUCCCAGUGUCCUUGGGUAUCUUCAGCAACACUUUGGCCUGUGUGCUGGGCUCUGGUCUUGAGCUGCUGGACAUGGGCAGUGGACGGCUUCUAGAAAGAAAAGUCUUAAGCACUGACAGAGUCCACCUGCUGGGGCUCUCAGCCCCAGGGAUUGAUGAAGAAGAGGAGAAUAAAGGUGGGCUUAGGCUGCUCUCUGCAAGUGGCCUAUUCUGUAUAGGCUGGGAGAUGGGGAGAGAGGUUGAGUGGCUAAACUCUGAGGACUUAGUUUUUGAGGAGGCCUGUGGCUACUACCAGCGCCGGAGUCUACUUGGAGCUAGACUUACAACUGAUGAGUUGAAAAAAGGGAGUACUUUUCGAGCCCCGCUGGCCCUAGCUGCUGUUCUCCGAGGUCACCAACCCCCAACCAAGCUGCUGAGUGAUUUGCAAGCUGAACUAAGGGACUACCAUGGCCUAGAGCGGCUCAAAACCCGCUUAGUGGCUGGGGAUGGGCAAGAGGAAGGAUGGACAGAGCUGGCCGAACGAGAAGUAGAGCGGCUGCUACGAUCAGAUCUAACAGGGGACAAACUGUCCCAGCUCAAUGCUGUCUUUUCUGUCUUCCCUGCUGCUGCCUGGUGUUCUACACGCCGAGCCCUACAGCUGCAACUGGAUGAGGCUGGCCAGCUGAAGUCCCGGGCCCCUCCCGACUUGUGGAAGAAGGUGCUAGUAGACACAGGGGCUGAUGGGGCACUACCCCCCUUUGAACUCCUGUGUCAGUGCCUUUGUCGGCUGGAGCCAUGUUGGUUGCCACCAUUUGUAGAACUGGCACAACAGCAGGGGGGGCCAGGUUGGGGGUUAGGAGCUGGAGGCCCGGGACCGCCCUUGUACCGACGGGCAUUGGCCGUACUGGGUGACUGGGCUGGGGCCAGGGCAGGGGCUCUAGAGCUAGAGCUGCUCUUGGGAAGUGGCCGGCCCAAGGCUGUGCUCCAGGCUGUAGGGCAGCUAGUUCAGGCUGGACAGUGGGAACGGGUGUUGGAUGCAGGCCUGGCCCUGAGCCCAACCAGCUCCUUGCUGCAAAUGGAGAUUUUCACUGUCUUACUAGCCGAAUUUGCUCGGCAUCGCCAAUUAGAUGCCCACCUGACUUGCCUGCGCCGUCUGUGCCCACCAGACUUGACACCCACAGACCUUCUGCUCCUGCUGAAGAGGCACCUGCCAGAUGAAGAGGAGCCUCCAACCCCAUUCCCUAAGGUGGGAGCUGACCCUCCACUCACAGUGGGACUCCUGAGAGGCCUGCUGGAACAGGCCAGGUCCGGAGCACAGGCCCCAAGCCCCUACGAGGAUAUUCUGUGGGACUCUGGUGCCUGUCCUUCCCACCCCAAGGACAGGCACUACCCGUCAGUGGGCCACAGUAGCCCGAGGUAGGAGCCUGGAGCCAGGAGUUCAAUGGAAUUGAGUCUGACUGAGACUUGGGGUCAAAGGGUAGAGGGAGGGGUCUAAUCAGUUUUUCCCACUCCCUUAUAAGAGGGUGGAACUCAGGAUUCCCUUCAGAUGCUGAGAGUGAUUCAUGGUAUGGUCCUAUUUUCCCCAGUGUGUGCAAUACUUUUCUUCCCUGGGAAGAUUUUAAAUAUAUACGGGUAAAGGAA